AGAUGCAACUGUCGUAAGUCUUGAGGUGCAAGAAAUAGAAUUUCACAUUCGAGCUCUAAACCAACUUCGAAGCUAAAAUCUCUUUUUUUUGAAACCUUAACUAUCAGCAAAAUCGUAUAGAAGUAGAACCUAUUAUCAUCGCACUCCUCUUCUCUUCCUCCCGCCAUUUCCAGCAUAACAAUGGAAGAAUACUUGCAAUACAUGAAAACUCUUCGCACUCAAAUGAACGAUGUGGAAGAUCAAGCCACAAAAAUCUCCGUUGAGGAGCAAAUGCAAAUUACUACCAUUCACACUCUCGAGAAAGAUCUCAAAUCAGCGAAGUCGGAAAUGAAGCGAGUUAUGGAAGAGACUGAUGAAAUGGUUAAAGUUAAAGCUGAAUUAUGCUCCAAAAUUUUGGAGAAGCAGAAAAAAUUUACUUCCUUAGAAUCUGACUCUGUCAAUCUCUCACAGACUUUGGAACUUAUUCAACAAGAAAAAAACAACUUAUCAACGAAAGUUCUUGAGAAAAGAUCAUAUUAUGACAAGGUUGUUGAGGAUAUGAUUUCCAAAAUGCAAGAACAGAAGGACUGGCUGGAUCAUAAAGUACGUAAUGAGCCCUCUGAAAGGAGUUUCAUGGAAACAGAUUUGACUCCAGAAGUAUCCAGCAAGGGUCCAGCCCAAUGCAGCUCGGAAGAUGAGGACAAGAAGCUCCUACUGGGGAAACUGCAAACUGCACAAUCUCAGCUUGAUGAGAUUAUAAAAGCAAAAAUCAGACUAAUUUCAGAGAACACUGAGUUGAAGCAAUCUGUUGAGCAAUUAAAGAAUGAUAUAAAUAAUCUCAAGCCAGAGCUUAGUGCCACAGAAUUGAGUACACUGGAAGAGGAACACAAGGCUCUCUUGUCAGAGAAGGAUGGAGAAUUGGAGUACAUGCGGAGUUUGGAUACCAACCUCGAGAAACUGAAGGGAAUUUCGCACGUGAUCAGGUGUGCAUGCGGAGGAGACUACAAGGUGGACACAGGCGGUUGUGAUGUGGGAGAAUAGUAUAUUAUUGAUAUCAACUCUGAAUGAAUUUUGUAAGUCAAGACUUUUUCAGAAACAUGGGAGAUAUGGAUUCAGUUAACCUCAUAGGUAAGUCUGUCAGUUAAACAAUGUAGGAAAAUUUCAUGCCUUUCCUGUAAUUCCUGAAAUGUUGACACUAUGCAAAGAGUCAAAGACCGCAUGAUGUAUGGCUUCAUAUAACCAGUUACCAGUUAGCCAAUGAUGCCCUUUUUGUUGCUCGGCGUUGUACGUACUGAAAGUUGUGAUACUUUGAAAAACCUUGAUAUCAGAAGUCCCUUGUCAGCUGUUUCUAACA